AUGCCGUCCAUUAUCGAUAAGACCCUCAGAAAGUUGAGGCUCAAACGGCGCGACCCAGAGAAAGAAAUGGAGAAGCUGACCGCCGCCUACACCGACCCGACGAACCAACAGAUCGUCGAGGAUCGUAAUAACUUGAUAGCUCAUGACUACGCCGAGCUGACAUCGCAAUUUUCGAACAUGGAUAACACGGAUAGCGAGAUACAUAGCCUUGCUUACCGUGCAGCCGAACUACGACACCGUAUUCAGGCAAGUUUUCUCCUUCAAACACAUGAAUUCUUUGACCUAGAUAUUGCAAACUCCGAGUCCCAAAACCAAGAACAGCAAGUACGCCCUGUCGCGCCAAACACGGGAGCAGGACCGAGCCAUUACAGCCGCUUUACAUUUCAUAGAAAUGACAAUCGACCCAUGCUGGGUUCGGGCGCUCCCAUUCAUUAUUCAGUUCCUAGUCCCAGUUCUCAGGAAGGGAACCCGAACCCGUUUUUGUCUCCAGGAGCUGGAUAUUCACAUAGUGGUCAGUUCUUAUAUGAGCUGCCUCCUAUUGCUAGCUCACCAUCUCAAGCUCCUGCUCAACGAGCCCCAUAUCCCCUCCCUGUCGCCAGUGGGACGCAUACACAACCAGCGAGACAACCUGGCUUCUUGUCCCCCCGUCAACAGUCUGAUUACCAGCCAAGUUUUUCGACUCCCCAUCUACCCCAGUAUUCCCGCACACGUCCUAUGGUUCCUACCGCAGCACAGCUACAAUCGAACCCGUCGAUGCAUAUCAUCCGCGAAGACGAUCAUGCCGUUCAUCGUCGUCUUCGUCAAGAAGAGCUUGCCCGUCGACCGUUUACUGCAACAGACGCGGGGGUGCCUCGUUCCAGUAUUCCGCAGAGAAAUCGUCGGCAGUCAGAUGAGUUAAUGGGCGGAUUUCAGUUUGGGAAUCCAUUUCCAGAACCCAAGAAUAGGAAGCCCCGGCCCGAGCCUGAGGGCCCAAAAGAGGCUUCUGCCGGUGCUCCAUCUGGAGUCAAGCAUGUUCACCAGCCCCCCGUCCAAUCCACCAUUCUGCAACACCAACGCAUCUUUUCCGAAACGGGCUCCCAAUAUACCUUUGGCGGUCGACGUCGUGAACCCUACAGCGGAAGCAGACAUUCUCUCUCACAAUCUGACCAGUCGCUUCACGAGCGAAACUCUAGAUCUGCCCCAAGUUCGGAGUCGUUUCACGAUCAAAACUUUAACCCGCAGCGAUCUUCUCAGAUAGCUGAUUUGACCUAUGAAUCACACUACGACACGGACCCGAGCGAGGAGCCAUCAGAAGACGAAGAAUACGAGGGGAAGGGGAAGGGCAAAGCCAAGGUCCGGGGUAAAGGAAAGGCUGAGACUCGGAGCACGCGCUCAGACAAGGGAAAAGGGAAGGGCAAGGGAAAAGAGAGGCAGUGA